AACCUAACCUAUAAAAAAAAUAACAUGUAAACACGAAAUUCAAAAACUAAACUAAAAAUGACGAAUUUCAAAAGAUUAAAUACAAAAAUCUACGAAAAAAAAGGUCCCGAUGUCACCCCCGACUUUAUUUACUGGAAGCAAUUAAGCCCACCAGUUCUUGUUAAGGAAUUUGGCCCCAUUGAUUACAUAGAUUUUUCACCUAAAGAACCUCAUUAUUUUGCGGUUACUUGUUCGGUGCGGGUUCAAAUUUACAACCCGAUAACGAAGCUUGUUACGAAAAAUUUGUCCAGGUUUCGUGAAAAUGCUUAUGGGGCAGUUUUUAGGAGCGAUGGUAGUCUUAUAUUGGCCGGAGGGGAAGAGAAAAAUGUGAAACUUUUUGAUAUUUCCACUAAAAGUAUGUUGAGGUUAUUCAAAGGACAUUCAGCUCCAGUACACCGAGUGGCUUUUGUACACAAAGAACCACAAAUAGUGUCUUUUUCCGAUGAUAAAAGUGUACGAGUUUGGGACAUUGCCACUGAAAAUACUUUGCACACUUUCGAGGGACAUAGUGAUUAUAUAAGAGCCGGUAUAGUAAGUCCAGAUAUGCCAAAUAUAAUUUUAUCUGGAGGCUACGACAGUAUAGUAAAAAUGUGGGACACCAGAACCGAUAAAGAGGUGAUGACGAUGGACCACAAAAGCCCUGUAGAGUCGUUGCUGUUUAUGCCUGGCGGAGGAAUGUUUUUGAGUGCCGGAGGCACCGAUAUCAAAAUUUGGGAUGCUCUGGCCGGCGGUAAAUUGAGGGGGGCCCUGGCGCAGCACCACAAAACGGUCACUUGUCUUAAACUCGCUUCUGGAGGUAAACGGUUGCUUUCCAGCAGCUUGGACAGGCACGUUAAGAUAUUUGAUGUUGGUACUUUCAAGGUUGUUCAUACAUUGGAUUUUCCAAAUGCAAUUUUGAGUUUGGGUGUCGCCCCAGACGAUUCAACAGUAGCUGCUGGACUAGUAGAUGGAGUAAUAGCAGUACAAAGACGCACCGAAGAGCUUCAAAAUAAAAGUGCCCCCAAAAAACAAGCCCGCCAAGAAAUUCCAACAGGAGUUGAUGAAAUAAUUCCACAAUUAACGUAUGAAAAAGAAGCAAAAUUUGAUCAUUUUUUGAGGAAAUUUGAGUAUUCCAAGGCGCUGAGUGCUGCUUUGAUGGCUUACAUAGUCAAUAAACAUCCAGAAAGGACAGUGGCGGUUUUGAGGGAGUUGCAAAAGAGGAAAGCUUUGGCCAAGGCUUUAAAGGAAAAAGAUCCUAAAAUGAUUAGACAAUUGACUAGAUUUUUUAUCAGGUAUAUAACUGACUUGAGAUUUACAAGGUUCCUAAUAGAAAUCACUGAUGAAUUUUUGGAUAUUAUAUCAGACAGUUUGGAUGGAUUGCCAGGUGAUAUUGGUAAGUUCAACCCCUCAAAUAAAAACAAUUUUUUAAAAAUUUUUCAUCUGACCAAUUAAGGAUUACUAUUGGUCCAACUCCAUGAAGUUCUGAAAAGAGAGGAACAACUAGCCAAUGAGCUGACGAUGGUUCAAGGAAUGAUGCAAACCUUAUUGGCAGCUCAAAUAACGGCAGAAACUGACAAUAUUACUCCUUUAAAACUUAUUGAUAGGCCAACCAAUAAGGCUAUUGCAGCUAAAUAAAAAUCAAUUUAAACUAAUUUUUGCUUAUAUUAUCCAAACGAAGCUGAAUUACUUCCAAAGUGUUAUAGAGCUGUUGCAAUUCAUCCUCGCCCAUUUCCAAAAUAGCAUUUUCCUUUAAAUUUGUCCCAUUUACCUAUAAAACAAUUAAGUAUGAAUAACAAUAAUAAUAAUCAUCAAUUUUUUUUACUUUAGCUAAAUCCAAUUGUAUUUUUGCACUAGGAAUCACCAACUGACAACCAAUAUCCGAUCCAACUUGCAAGUCCAACUCCCAAGAUACUUUGUCCAACCUAGUUCUAUCCUCAAAGUUUCCCAAAUCCUUUUUAGCCUCCAGAGUCCAUUCUUUUACAAAUAUUUCUGCUUUUUCUUGUUCUAAACCCAAAUGAGUUUCCAGUUGCUUUUGCAACUCGGUGGGUUUCAAUAUCACUUUACUGCUCUGCUUGUAAAUGUAGCCGAGGCUUUGUAAAAGAAGUUGCAAGUCGUUCGGGGUUAAUUUUAAAGUUUCUUCGAGUUUUCUGAGUUCGAUAUCGGUAAAGUACUCGUUGGUUUCGGAAGUUAUUAUGUGAGUUAGAAGGAGUUGGUAUUUUUUGUUGUUUAGGUCGUUUAUGAAUUUUAUGCCUUGUUGUAA